AUGUCAGUGUCAGAUGGAGGUCCAGUUGGAUACACCCCCCCAGAUGGAGGCUGGGGGUGGGCGGUGGUUUUCGGAGCUUUCAUUUCCAUCGGCUUCUCUUGUGCAUUUGGCAAAUCUAUUUCUGUGUUUUUCAAAGAAAUUGAAAAAAUAUUCAAUGCCAGCACCAGUGAAGUAUCAUGGAUAUCAUCCAUCAUGUUUGCUGUCAUGUACGGUGCAGGUCCUAUCAGCAGUAUCCUGGUGAAUAAAUAUGGCAGUCGUCCAGUCAUUAUUGCUGGUGGCUGCUUGUCAGGCUGUGGCUUGAUUGCAGCUUCUUUCUGUAACAAUGUACAGGAACUUUACUUGUGUAUUGGAGUCAUUGGAGGCCUUGGGCUUGCCUUGAACUUGAAUCCAGCUCUGACCAUGAUUGGCAAGUAUUUCUACAAGAGACGACCAUUGGCAAGUGGACUGGCCAUGACAGGAAGCCCUGUGCUCCUUGCUACCCUGGCCCCCCUCAGUCAGACUCUCUUUGGUAUCUUUGGCCUUAGAGGAAGCUUACUAAUUCUUGGGGGCUUCCUUCUAAACUGCUGUGUAGCUGGAUCCCUGAUGCGACCAGUAGGGCCCAAGCCAACCAAGGAAAGGAAAGAUAAGUCUAAUGAAUCCCUUCAGGAAGCUGGAAAAUGUGAUGCAAAAGAAGGUGUGGGUGAAGCAGCUGCAGAUCCGAAUGGUGGAAACCCCAAAGAGGAGAAACUAUCAGUCUUCCAAACAAUUAACAAAUUUCUGGACUUAUCCCUUUUCACUCAUAGAGGUUUUUUGCUGUACCUUUCUGGUAAUUUGCCAAUGUGUUUUGCACUGGCUACACCUUUAGUCUUUCUUACUAAUUAUGCUAAGAGUCAGCAUUUCGGUGGUGAGAAUGCUGCCUUCCUUCUUUCCAUUAUGUCUUUUGUUGAUAUUAUAGCCAGGCCUUUCAUGGGACUUGUUGCCAACACAAUGUGGGUAAGACCUCAUAUUCAGUAUUUCUUUGCAGCUUCUAUUGUUGCAAAUGGAGUGUGUCAUAUGCUAGCACCUUUAGCCACCAGCUAUAUUGGUUUCUGUGUCUAUGCGGGACUCCUCGGAUUUGCAUUUGGGUGGUUCAGCUCUGUAUUGUUUGAAACACUGAUGGACCUUGUUGGACCCCAGAGGUUCUCCAGCGCUGUGGGAUUGGUGACCAUUGUGGAAUGCUGCCCUAUCCUCCUGGGGCCACCACUCUUAGGUCGUCUCAAUGACGUGUAUGGAGACUACAAGUACACAUACUGGGCAUGUGGCGUAAUCCUCAUUUUCUCAGGUGUCUAUCUCUUCAUUGGCAUGGGCAUCAAUUAUCGACUAGUGGCAAAAGAACAGAAAGAGCAGAAGCAGAAAAAUGAAGGUAAAGAGAAGGAACCAAAAGAAGUUACUAAAGCAGCAGAAUCUCUAGAACAGAAAGGCAAAGUUGGAGGAGCCAAAGAGAAGGAGUAUUCAGUCUGA